UAAGUAAUGUAGUUGGAAAGGUCUUUUUAUUCCUCAACAGGGUGAUGCUGUGGCCAAGGUUUUUCUGGGUCAGAGGAACCUGCACAACCGGUAUCUUCAUACAAACUCCAGGUCCCUCUGCAGCGCAAGGAACGGGACAGGCACAGAAGGACUACAAAAUGAGCUCUAACAGGCAAGUGGAAGAGCCCUGAGGAAGAAGGGGCUGUGGGCAGUGUGAAUCGGCAGAAGUGACUGUGCACACCUUCACACACCCACUGUAUGCUAAAUCUGUAAUAAAAUCGUCACAGCCCCAGACAUGGGCUUUGCCAUGCCUGCACAUGCAAAGCUUUCCAAGCUGCUGCUGUUGCUGCUGAGUGUGGAAUCCUGUUCUGCUGCUGCUCAUGGGGAUGAGCCCAGACUGGGCAGGAGGUCCUUGCUUCACUAUGAACAUGAUUCCAGUGGUGUUGACUCCUCUCAAGACACGAGGCUGCAUGUUUUCACACUGGACUAUGACUAUGUACAAAUUCCCUAUGAAGUUACCCUUUGGAUCCUCCUUGCCUCUUUUGCAAAAAUAGGUUUCCAUAUCUUUCACCGAUUACCAAGACUCAUGCCUGAAAGCUGCAUCCUGAUUGCCAUUGGAGCACUAGUAGGAGCAAUCAUCUUUGUUUCCCAUCACAAAUCUCCACCAGUGAUGAACACUAGUAUUUACUUCUUGUAUCUCCUUCCACCCAUUAUUCUGGAGGAGGGAUAUUUCAUGCCAACUCGACCGUUUUUUGAAAACCUUGGAUCCAUUCUGUGGUGGUCUGUUCUGGGAGCUCUGCUAAACUCGUUUGGGAUUGGCCUCUCCCUCUAUGGAAUCUGCCAGAUCGGAGCCUUUGGCCUGACUGACCUGGACCUGCUGCAGAACUUGCUCUUUGGCAGCAUGAUUUCAGCAGUGGACCCUGUGGCAGCUCUGGUAGUUUUUGAGGAAGCCUCUGUUAAUGAGCAGCUUUACAUGAUGAUCUUUGGAGAGUCAUUGCUAAAUGAUGGCAUAACUGUGGUUUUGUAUAACAUCUUCAUCGCCUUCACGCAGAUGCACAGGUAUGAAGAAAUCGAAUCCAUCGAUGUCUUUGCUGGCUUUGCUCGCUUCUUCGUGGUGGGGCUGGGUGGAGUCUUGUUUGGCAUCGUAUUUGGAUUUGUCUCAGCGUUCAUGACUCGCUUCACCCACAACGUCUCUUCAAUCGAGCCCCUGCUGGUCUUCAUGUUCAGCUACCUCUCGUACUUGUCUGCUGAAACCCUUUACAUCUCGGGCAUUUUGGCGAUGACAGCAUGUGCAGUGACGAUGAAAAAAUACGUGGAGGAGAAUGUUUCCCAAAAUUCUUAUACCACAAUAAAAUAUUUCAUGAAGAUGCUAAGCAGCAUCAGUGAGACCCUGAUUUUUGUGUUCAUGGGAGUGUCUACAGUGGGGAAAAACCAUGAAUGGAACUGGGCCUUCAUUUGCUUCACUCUGCUCUUCUGCCUCAUUUGGCGGACACUGAGUGUAUUUGCUCUCUUCUACAUCAGUAACAAGUUCCGAACAUAUCCUUUCACCUUCAAAGACCAACUCAUUAUUUCUUACAGUGGCCUUCGAGGAGCCAGCAGCUUUUCUCUUGCAUUCUUGCUUCCAAGGAAUCUUUUCCCCAGAAAAAACCUGUUCAUCACUGCCACUCUUGUGGUUAUAUAUUUCACUGUGUUCAUCCAAGGAAUCACAAUUGGACCGUUGGUCAGAUAUCUGGAUGUUAAAAAGACGAACAAAAAGGAAUCUAUCAAUGAAGAAAUUCAUGUGCGAUUGAUGGACCACUUGAAGGCUGGUAUUGAAGACAUAUGUGGACAUUGGAGUCAUUAUCAGCUGAGAGAUAAGGGCGGCAGGACCCAGCGCGCACACAGGCUGUCCCCGGCAGAGGUGCAGUCCAUGAGGGAUGUGCUGGCACACAACCUGUACCGAGUGCGGCAGAGGGCACCAGCAUACAACCGGCACAAUCUUCCUACGAACACAAGUGAGAAACAAGCCCAAGAAAUCCUCAUCCGUCGGGAGCACAGCCUGAGGCAAAGUUGCAGGAAGGGAAACAGCUUGCCUUGGGGCAGACCGGUGAGCACCACGGAAGUACGCUACCUGUCCUUGCCUCAGGGUCCUUGUCAGCCCACCAGAAGGAGAGCCAGGCAUGUUACUUUUACAGAUCAGCAUAGAAGUGACUCUGAUGCUGCGUUCCCAUUAACAUCGGGAUCCCAGCCCCGACCACGGCCACGUGAAUCAAAGCAGCACCAAGAGCUGAUUCCAAUGGCACCCUUGGAUAGGAGGGCAGGUCCCUCCAACCUGCCAGGGAGAAGAGGAAACUCAACCAUCCGUCCUCGUUUCACCAGAGCAGACAAUCUAGCUCCAGUGCCAAAGGCUGGGUUCACUGUCAGAGAAGUAGAGGAGUAUGAGUCAGAAGAAGAGACAGAAACAAUGGCACCAGCCAGGCCAUUAGUUAUAUGAGGAGCAGAGAAGAUCAGUGUUUGCAUCUCUAGGGCUCCUGGUGCACUGCUUCAAAAGAGAUAACAAAGCUUUUAUAUGAACCAAACUUUGGUUUUCCUCUGGGGACCAGUGUACUUUUUCUCAUAUCAC